UCUUCUUUCUCUUUCUUCUUCCGUCAGAGUAAGUUGAUACCCCUCCGAAUAUUGCCAUCAACAUUCAACACAAGAACAGUGUCUUCAUUCCUGCCGGCGAACCAUGGAAUCAAAAUUUCAUCUUCUCUUCUCCAAUCAUCGGCGUUCUGUUCAUCUUCCCACCCCACUAACGAGAAGAAGGUCAAUUACAAGGUGAACUUCUCCCUUUCCGAUUCUGACUCAGACUCAGAUGACGAUACCAGCACCGUCGUCGGGUCUAGCCAGCGAGAAGUUGUCAAGUCAAAUCUCCCUCCCCCUUACGACCCCUUCAACAAGAAGCCUGCCAUCGAAGAACCCGAAGACCCCACAAACCUUCAAGAGAUUUUUCACAAGAUGAAGACAGAUGGGUUGAUGAACAAUGCAGUUAAGAUGUUCGACGCAUUGUCUACGGACGGAUUGACCCACGAGGCUUUGGAGCUUUUCUCCCAGAUUAAGGAUGAGGGUCAUAUGCCGGACGUGGUGGCUCACACUGCCGUAAUCGAAGCCUACGCCAAUGCUGGCCAGUCCAAGGAGGCUCUCAAGGUGUUCUUGCGCAUGUUGUCCUCUGGGGUGGCUCCUAAUGCCUAUACUUACACCGUUCUCAUCAAGGGUCUUGCUGCUGAUGCUAAACUUGGGGAUGCCAAGAAGUAUCUAACGGAGAUGAUGGACAAAGGGAUGCGCCCCAAUGCUGGUACCUAUACUGCAGUAUUUGAGGCCUUUGCGAGGGAACAGAAGAUGGAUGAAGCUAACGAAUUCCUGCAACUGAUGAAGGCCAAGGGGUUUGUACCGGAGGAGAAGGCUGUGAGGGAAGCUCUCAACAACAAGAGGGGUCUGGUAUUCCGAAAUGUCAUCAACAUUCUCUUUGACAAAUGAUUCAAGACAUGCAUGAUCAUGAUGAAAGUCUGCUUUUGUUCUAUACGCGAUACUUGAACAGCUAUCUCUUGUUACUUUCUUGAUUUCAUGUUUGCUAAAGAGAUUAGUCAGUUAAGCUUCUGUGAUGAUCUUCAAUGUUGAGUUCAUCUUCAACCUUAAUGUCAAAUGAAAUUCUGAAUUUGAU